AUGACCACCGACUUGCAUUCAAUUUGGACGGGCCUCCACCUAACCCUUCUCAUCGAGAUCACGCUGUGUCUUGUCCAAGCAGACUACUUACCAUUCCUCGUCCUCUUCUUCAACUUUCAUUUGGUCUACUACAGAACCGCCGCUGUCACUGUCGCCUUUUGGUUUUUCUGGAAACGUUGGAUUUGGGUUUGGAUGGUCGAUGUGGAUUUGGGGUUGGCGGGGCGUGUGAGGAGAAGAAGAAGCUUGGGUUUAGGCGAGGGUUUAGGCGAGGGAGAGGAAGUGAAGCGGGGAGAAGAACUGAUGGUCGCGUAUACGCCUGAAGAUCAGGAUACGCAUACGCCGACGCCUACGAUCGCUACGCACACGCACACGCCUACGACGGCGACAGCUAUGGCUACCCCGCCCGAACACCAACACCAACACGAAUCGUCUAUUCACGAAUCUAACGGCUACGACACCGACUACAAUUCAUAUCAACAUUCUCAUCACCAUCAUCGUCAUCCUACGCGCCAACGGCAGCAAACCCUAGAUUUACCCUACAUCGAUAUACCCUACGUCGAUACCUAUGAUUCAACGUCAUCGACAGGACUGUUCGACGGGGACGCCAAUCAUACGAGCGAUACCCCGCUUCUCUCGCCAGUCAACGGCCUCGACUCGCCUGCGUUUUUGUCGUUUUCGCUGCCGGAGGAUGGAGUCGAACCGUUACCGGCGCCUGAACUUGAAUCACCAGCACCCGAACUCGAACCACCACCACUACCACCAGAAUCAUCACCAUCACCACGACCAGAAUCGUCACCACUACCACGGCCAGAGGAAGAACGAGAAGCAGAAGCAGCCCCACAGCCCGAAUCACCUCUCGCCCUCCUCUCGCCACUCUCGCCGGAAUGGACAACCACAACCGACAGCUUUAUCGACGUCACGGGGAUGCUGAGCUCGGGGUGGGUGUCGUGGGGACCCUGGGGAUAUCGAUCAAGCGCUGCGCGUACAGACGACCACGUUUCUUCGUCCAAUCAAGGAUACAAACCGAAUCAAGAAUACGAGCCCUAUCAAGGAUACGGACCCUCGUUGCGGGACAUGAGGGACAGCGCCCAAGACCAAGCCCACGUUCCCCGACAAGGAUUCGGAUGUGAUGGGCAGGGUGAUCAUGGGGGUGACGGUGACGAACACGCGUUCCACCCUUCUUCACACUCACAUCUGUCGUCGUCGUCAUCAUCGUCUUUCCUGUCAUCUUCACGUUGGUCUUCGACAUCUUCGUCUUCACAUUCGACUUCGUCACAUCCACAUCCCUCGAUGUCGACGACCUCUGAACGAGGUCAGCGCUCUCGACCGACGUUGUCGCUUCUCGACAUCCCUCAAUCCUCAUGCUCGUCGACGUCAACGUCUGCACCCUCAUCGCUGUGGAGCGCCGACAUCUCUGAGGCCGGCGGUGUCAUCGAUAUCGAGUCCGAUUUCAGUGGCGUCGAGGGAGGAGGAAGCAUCGAUGAGUCGCCACUCGCUGAACAUUGCUCUCCACCCGCUGAACAUGACUCGCCGCGCGCUGAACAUACCCCCUCCCCAUCGGAUUCGUCACUCGUUGAGCGUACACCAGAAUUGGAAGGUGGAGGAGGGGGACAGGGAGAGGGAGGGGGACAGGGAGGGACUGCGGGGGUGCUAAUCUCACCGCCUGAAUCAAAUGGCCCGCCGGAGACGCCUGCGUCUGUGUGGUUUAGGCCUUUGGAACUCGAGGGGGAUGACGAAGACGGGGGUGUGGAGGAGGGCGGUGGGGGAUUGAGAUUCGGAGAGGGUGGAGGGCUGGGUUUCGAUGUUGCAGGUGCGCAACUCGAACUUUUUGUAGAAGAAGGGAAAUUGACUUUUGACUUUGGGAACAUUGUUACAGCUAUCGAUGAUACACGCACACAGAAGACCUCGACCUCAAACCACCAAGCAUACGAAGCGUACUUUUCUUCGUGGCGUCCGAGGUCACCUUCGAUAUCCUCCUUGAUGUUGCCCGAGUUGAGCGAUGAUGAGGAAAUGGUGGGAGGGGAGCAGGAUUUCGAGGAACACACAGGAUAUGAGUUUGGCUUUGGAUUUGGGAAGGGUGGUGGUGGUGUGUUGCACGAGUCCCCGUCGCCUUUUCGGCGGUGUUGGGAUAUUGGGGUUGAGGAUGGUGAGCUUCUCGGAGCGCAGGUCGACGAGGGCGUGGAUGGCGAUGGCGAUGGUGGGGAGUUCUCGACCAAUGGUUGUUCACCGAGGAGUGGGUUGUUGUUGGUGUUGGAUGAGAGUGAGGAACAGCAGGGGAGGAUGAGGAGGUCGCCGUCGCCUGAUUCCUCCUUCACUUGCUUCGCAUCGUCGUCGUCGUCAUAUCCGUCGUGGUGGUCCCCGCCAGCACUCGACCUCGACCUCCUCGAACUCAACCUCUCGCACGUCCUUUCCCAUUCGGAGCUCGACGACCAAGAAAGGGACAAACCAAAAUUAAGCUGGUACUACCAGCUGGACGAGCAAGAACAAGAGGAAGUGAAGCGUCUGGUGGAGAUGCGCAGGCGUGCUGUGAAUGCGGAGCGGAAUGCGAGGGUUAGGGAGGGGGAGGCUUUGGGUUGGUUGGAGGGUGUUGUUGUUCCUUCGAGAGUCGAUCCGUCGAUGGCUAGUGGAGAUCAGGCGUUGGCUUCGGCUAGUGGAAGUCAGGCGUCGGCAAGUCCAAAUCAGAGGGUGGCUUCUUCGUCGUCGUCUUCGUCUACCGAAUUCCAACAGCCAGCUUUCUCGUCGCCGUCGUCGUCAGGGGGAGAACUGCAGGCUUCCUCAUCAUCGUCGUCGUCAUCAUCAUCAUCGGCAGGAGGGGAUCUACAUAUAAAGCAACCCUCUAUACUCGAGCUGCAGCGUAUCGCUGCGGAUGCGCGGAGGGUUGCGAAGAGGGAGAGGGCGAGGGUUAAGGAGGUUAGUGCGUUGUUGAGGUUGAAGUUGGGUGGGCGGGUAGCGCUUGGGAGUGGUGUUGGGGUUGUGGGUGCUAUUGUUGGAGGGGCGGAAGGGAGAGAUGGUGGUGGUGGGUGUGCGACGCCUACGACUAGUGGUUUUUCGACGUCAGGCUGUAGUGGUGGUUUUUCGACGCCAGCUGGCAAUGGUCUUUUCUCGACGCCAACGGCUAGUGGAUCGACGACACCGACGCCGACGAGUACGAGUACGAGGACGAUGAGGAAUUCGCCAUCCCCGCCUUCUCCGCAGCCGAUUUCAGAUUUUGAUUGGACGUCUCCGCCUGUUUUUCGUCGCAAGGACAAAAAGAAUGGGAAGGAGGAGGGGAGGGAGAAGGACAAGUACAGGGAGGGGAGGAGGGGGAGGGAAGGUGUGCAUAGGUUAGUUGCGGGUAUGAUUUUUAGGAGGCGGGAGGCUGGAUCCAGCUCUACGUCGGGAGGUUAUUCGUCGUCGUCGUCGCCGUCGCCUGUGGCGGGUCCAUCGACGACCACGUUGACCCCGUCGACAGGGGCAACACCACCGAUUACAAGUUCAGCUCCCAACUUGGGUUUCAGUCCGAGUGUGGGUUCGAGUGGGAAGCUUUCGAGGCCGUUAUGGUGGACCCCUGAGGAUCGGGAGGUGUACCUUCCGUAUGUGCAACGGUACAAGUUUUUGAGGCGGUCGCCGUUGGCGAGGAGUUGGUUUAGUGCUCCUGUAUCGUUGGAGGAUGGUGGAUCUGCGGGGAUGGGGACGGGUGUGACAGUUAUCGGUUCGGGUAUGACGGGGGCGGGGGUGGGUUCAUCGGGGAAUGGGACGGGUGCGACAGGGGCGGGGAGGAGGAAUACGUUCGACUCGUCCGCGCUCUCUAGGAUUGGCAAAGAGCGGGUGGAGAGGGAGGAGGGGGGUUUGAGGGCCAAGUCGGUGGAUUGGGGUGUGGGAGGACGAGGAAGAGGACAGGGUGGUGGUUUGGAUGGGUUGGAUGGGCUGGUUGAGUUGGUUGAGUUGGAUGGGUUGGUUGAGUUGUCGGUGCUUGGGGAUGGGUCUGCGGACGACGGGAUGGACGGCAUUACUUCCAGUGCUGAUGGGUUUACCGACCCCGCCGACGUCAACGCCGACGCCUCGCUGAGUGUCGCUUGGGCUACAUCCCCGCUCCCCCUCUUUGACGGGGCUGAUCCCACUCCCGAUACUACCUCGGCUGCUACCGUCUAUGAGGGGGGAGCUCCUACCGCCCGUGACGAAGGAAUAGCUACCACCCAUAACGAAGGAACUCCUACUGCCCAUAACGAAGCACGACCCAAGACGCGCAGAAAGGACGACCGAGACUUGAUCCAACCACCGUCUAAACCGGGUUCGAAUAAGGAGACGAGAUCGAAUUCGUUGGAUUCUAAUGCUACUUUGGUUUGUGAGGAGGAUGAGGGGGAUGAGGGGUGGGAUUUGGAUGGGGAGACUGAUUUUGAGGAUGAUGAGGAGGAUUGGGAGGAGGAUGAGAAUCCCGAUUCAGAGAACAAGUCCAAUCCACCGAGCAGUAAACCACGGCUCACCCGGCGCCAGGAACGUAUCUUUAAAGCUGUUGAGGAACGGUGGAUCUCGGGGGGUGGGAAGAGGGAGGAGUUGGAGAGGUUUAGGAGGUCGUAUGAGAGGGCUUGUGUGGGUGGGUAUGGGGGUGGGGGUGAGGGUGAGGGCCGACGUGGGCUUGGUGAGGAUGAGGGUGGAGGGCGCAUGGGGUGGGUAGAGAGCAGUGUAGAGAGGAGAAGAAGGAAGAUAAUGGCCAAGGAAGCGGAUGCCGAGUUGGGAGAAGGGGGAGUGGGGGAGGGAGAGUUUGGAAUGGGACGAGUGGACGAGGAAGGAGUCGAAUUGGAACGGGGAGGAGGGGGAGGAGGGGAACUAGGAGAACUGGACCUCGACGAAGACGAAGAUGAGGAAGGGAUGGGGUUUGAGGCUCUCAAGACUCCUCUUCGGUUUGGGGUGCUUGAGCUUGGUGCGAGUGAGGGGGUGGUAUAG